AGGAUGAUGGACAGAUGAGCAAGACGAAGAAAGCCAGUAAAGAAAGAGGGGAGGGCCAGAAAGGGUUGCAGAGAGAGGAAGGCAGAGCUGUUCUUCUCACUUAGCUGGGACUGCAGUUGUCUGCUCGGCCAGUUAACUUCUUAUUUGGUUAGUUGGCAAGCCGAGCUGUAAUAUCGCAGGGAUGGGUGAUCCAGCAACCCUGGUCGAGACUGCCAUCCCCCCUCCUGUCACAGCAAUCCCAACUGUGAUAUCUGGGGAAAUGCAAGAUGGUACUAAAACCCAGUCAGCCAGUAAGAAUGGAAAGAAGGCAGACUCUGGGUCCAGCAGCAGCAGCUUCUUCACCUGGUUCAUCGUGCUGGCCUUGCUGGGUGUCUGGACGUCUGUAGCCGUGGUCUACUUUGACUUGGUUGACUAUCAGGGAGUCCUUGACAAGGCUAAGGGCUUACAAAUUAACCUGUCUGAGGCCUUGCAAGGUAAACUGGUGGCAUACGAUACAGACGGUGAUGGAGAUUUUGAUGUCGAGGAUGCCAAAGUUCUUCUGGGACUGAAAGAGAAGGCUGUUGUUGUCACUUCCCGUGAUGAAGAGGCUGCUGCUCCAGUGGAGGCUGCUGAACCUGAACCCACACAAGAAGCUAUUGUUGAGCCUGACCCAGUGCCGGUGGAAGAUGUGAUUGAACCUGCUGUGGCAGAAGAUGCUUUUUCAGAGCCUGAACCUGAGGUAGCAGCUGAGCCUGAAGUAGAAUAUGAGGCUGAACCUGAACCAGAGGAUGAGCCUGAACCGGAACCAGAGGAUGAGCCUGAACCGGAACCUGAACCUGAACCUGAGGUGGAGACUCCUGAGGUGAUUGAGGAGGACCCAGAGGUGCUGGAGGAGGAGCCAUCUGCUGUAGAGGAUGAAGCACCUGUUGAGGAGGCAGUGGAUGAGGUUGCUCCAGUUGAGGAGGAGCUAGCCGAUGAAGAGGUUGCAGAGGAAAUGAUGGCGGACGAGGCUGUCGAGGAGGAAGCCGUUGAGGAGCCUGCAGAGGAGGCGGAAGAACCGGCAGCAGAGGCAGAGGAGACCGAGGAGGAGGUGGCUGGGACUGUAGCGGAGAGCGCCCCAGUAGAUGAAGCUGAUGAGGAGCAAGCUGAACAAGAGGAGACUGCUCCUUCAGAGGAAACAGAAGAGGAGGCUGCUGCAGAAGAAGCUGCUGAGGACUUGGCAGCAGAAGUUGAAGUAGAGGGAGCUGCAGAGGAUGAAACAGAAGAGGAGGAAGCAGUAACAGACGAAGCUGCUGAGGAUGUGGCAGCAGCUGAAGAGGAAGAGGCAACUACAGAAGAAACCGAAGAGGAAGCAGCAGCUGAAGAGGCAACUACAGAAGAAAAUGCAGAGGAUGCUGCAGCUGAAGAGGAAGAGGCAACUACAGAAGAAGCUGCUGAAGAUGUAGCAGCAGCAGCAGAAGAAGAAGAGGAGGAGGAGCCUGCUGAACAGGAGGAAGCUACAGAAGAAGCUGCUGAUGAUGUAGCAGAAGAAGAGGAGACAGCACCAUCAGAAGAGAAUGAUGAGGAGCCCACUGUAGAGGAAGAGGCAGCUCCCUCAGAAGAACCAGUAGAGGAGGAUGUAGAGGAAGAAGAUGCAGAGGCAACUCCAGAAGAUGAAGCAAUGGAGGAGCAAACAGAGACAGAAGAAGCACAAGAGGUAGAGGAAGCUGUGGAAGAAGCAGCAGAGUUUGUGGAGACGGAGGAACAGAUUCAGGAUGAGCCCACAGAAACGUAGAGACCAUAACUGUCGCCGUGGUGACGAAGCAGGGAUCCACUGAUGUUGCAUCAGCACCACCUGAGCGCGCUCAGAAUGAUGAUGCAUCCCUCCACCUCCAGAGAAAUGAUUGGGUCGUCAUGACAACACUCGCCUCUCCCCCGUUGCCCCCCUCACUUCCCCUCCCCCUCCCCAUUGCCCCCCCCCCCCCCCCCCCCCUCUGUUUUGACACCUCCCUUUAAAUUCCCCUCUUAGUGUAAAUGUGUGAGAAUGAGUUGUUUACUAAUGUGGUACUCCUGUUUUUACUCCUGUGUUUUCUUUGAGCUUUUGACUCCUCAUUCUUUUCUUGCUUUGUUCAGGGUGUUUUGUUUUAGUUCUGUGUCCCAUGGCCAGAUUUCCAGGCCAUGUAAAGCGUGUGUGCUGGAUUUGCACAGCCAGUCUACUAGAGCUGUGUAUCUAUAAGAAGAUUAAACCAGUGUGGAGCUUUAUUUUGAAGUCCUUCAAUGACAUAAUUCGGCUUCCUGGAGCUAAAUUCUUUAGCCAUCAUAGUGAUGCUGAAGUUCACGGCUUAAGACAAAUCUGUACUUGGUUUUAUAAUGAUCUCCAAGUCAGACUGUGGUCUUUGUAGGUUCUCAAGCUUCACUCUUUGUAAGGCUGGGCUAACUGGUAUCCCCUCCUCACUCCUGUGGAUCGAGCCGACAAAAACAUUUCACUCCUUAUUCAUUGAAUCGAAUCAGUUGUGUACCUUUAUCAUAAUAUCAUUGAUAAAUGCAGAGAGCCAGCCCUCCAGCUGUGUUUACUUCUGGUUACAGUGUUGUGUGUGGAUUCUAUGCAAAAGUGUAGCAAUGUCUGUCACCCACCCUCCCCACCCAGACAGUUACUUUUACCACUCAGUAUGCAUCGUCUCCAGGAUGAGCCAUAUGCUAGCACGUGAACUCAGAGAGAAUGCUGUGUGUGUGUGUGUGUGUGUGCGUGUGCGUGUGCGUGUGUGUGCGUGUGUGUGUGUUGGUGUGUGCAGAGUGUGUUGAAUAUCUUUAGCUAAUCAUUCCUUUCUGUGAGCUGUAGAUGUCAGGAUGUAGUUUGAGACUGUGGUUAACUUCUUCUUCUAUGACUAUAUGAACCUUUGUGUGCGUGUGAGUUCUGUAGAUUUCUAGUUUUUGUUUUUGUUUUUGUUUUUUUUGUUUUUCUCAUUUUCAGAUGUGAUUCCAAGACCAUCAGAUAAGUUAAAAGAAGCUGUACCUUUAAACUUCAGCUUUUAGAGUUUGAACUGUGAUGUUGAUGAGGACAUAAUGGACAGAGCAGACAUUUUUUUCAAACACACCAGCUAUAGACAAACAGAAGAUCAGAUGUCUUACUGCUGUAGAAAUCUCAGCAUGACUAGCUGCCAAUCAAAAGAUGUUUGUCUUUGUCAUCAGUAUGCUUACUGCCUCAUUCUUUCUUAAAGGGAAACCGACCACCUUUCUUUAUUCAUCUCUCCCCUUUCCUUUGUAACAUCAGAAUUGAUCAUGGUGUGUGUGAUUGAUGGUAGCUCUUAACACACCACCUUAGCCCAGAAACAUUUAGCUAAGAAAGCCAAAUAAGAGCAGGUAAACAUCCUGCGUCUGUCCCUGUUUUAAUUAGACUUCACCUUGUAUUGGAUUAAAUUGAAGCAUCACACUAAGAUGCUGGGAUACUGACAGUAAAUGAUGUUUAAAACAUGUAGAAUUUGUUACAACACACUACAUUUAGUGGGAUUAGUUGUUAUCUUUGUGUCACUAGUCCCCACACACUGUAACUACCACGUUGUUUGGUCCAGUGGUGUGCAGUAGCCGUUUUUGUAGGAUGUCUUUCCUUUAACACUUGCUGGUCUUUUCUACUUCCUAACACUUUGUAAUGUGAACUGUAAAACCUUUUUAACAUUGAACAAUACAGUCUUUACUAAGAGAGAGCUUCUAGAUUUUUAAAGGAACAUUUUUAAAAAGGAUAUUUGGAGAAAUAAAGAUUUUCAGAAAAUACUUUAACAUACGUUUCUCACAAAGCCAUAAGCCAUUUGUUGACAGGCAGAUUCAAGAGAACUUUUAUUCUGUAAUAACACUAAAGGAAGAGCAAUAAAGUAAAAAUAGAAGAGAGGGACCACACAGCAGCAGCCCUGUGAAACAGAGGGUCUGCUCUUCACUACUAAUCUCUGAUCAAAAGCCUUGUCCAUGCUGUAGAGACUUGUAAUGCAUGUGCAGGUUGGUUUCUAAGCAAAGAACGGGACCAUGUGCAGGGAAGCAUGCAUGAACAGGAGGGACAAGCUCAGACUAAUGGGAAAACAUAAUAGUAGCCUCUCUUUGCCACACAGUGUUGUCUUGACAAUCAUAACCUUCAGUCUGCAGGUCUGAUGUGGUCCUCUGGACUCUUGACUGUGGGGAUUAAAUUAUUGUGAAGUAAUGAUGGAUUGUUUAAAGGAGAUUUGAAGUGGCACCAUUUUCUGUAAAUGAUCUGUUCUGGGAGCUGCAAUAAAAGGUUUGGGACAACAUGA